GGCGUGGACGAGGCGUGACAACCAGUUGCAAAAACCUUGUGUCACCUGCUGCUAACUAGCUUCUCCUCAACACAACUGGGUUCUAGGACGCAUACAAACUACUACUACGUUUCAUUACAGUUGACAUAGAAACAUAUUCGACAAGCUUCGAUGCUUUGGCAAGCCAUGAGUUAGAACCGCCCAUUAGAACCGGUGAGAAGCGAAUGCGAGGACAUAACUUUAGCUCCUAUUUUUAUUAGUUGCAAAGCCGAGGAAAGGAAUGAAUCACAAGAGUAAGAAGAGGAUUAAAGAGGCCAAGAGGAGCGCCAGACCCGAGUUAAAGGACUCGGUAGACUGGAUAAAGCACGGUUACCAUGACACCUUCGACUUGUCACACAGCACCGUAAAGGACAAUGUUGAACGAGUGGAUGCCUUACGUCUGAGCCCUGAAGACUUCAUCCAGCACUUCGAGAAACCCUACAAGCCGGUUGUUUUGCUCCGCUGUCAGGAGUCUUGGCCCGCACGGGAAAAGUGGACUCUGGAGCGCCUGAAACGCAAGUAUCGCAACCAGAAGUUCAAAUGCGGUGAGGACAACGAUGGCUACUCUGUGAAGAUGAAGAUGAAAUACUAUGUGGAGUACCUGGAGAGCACUCGGGACGACAGCCCGCUCUACAUCUUCGACAGCAGCUACGGCGAGCACGCCAAGCGCAGGAAGCUGCUUCAGGACUACCAGGUGCCCGUCUUCUUCACUGAUGACCUCUUCCAGUUUGCCGGAGAAAAGCGCCGCCCACCGUACAGGUGGUUCGUGAUGGGCCCUGCCCGCUCUGGGACAGGCAUCCAUAUCGAUCCACUGGGAACCAGCGCCUGGAAUGCGCUGAUCCAGGGUCAUAAGAGGUGGUGCCUGUUCCCCACCAACACGCCCAGAGAGCUUAUCAAGGUGACCCGAGAAGACGGAGGCAAUCAGCAGGAUGAGGCGAUCACCUGGUUCAAUGUGGUUUACCCACGCACGCAGCAGCCCAGCUGGCCUCCAGAGUUCAGACCGCUGGAGAUCCUGCAGAGACCCGGAGAGACGGUCUUUGUGCCUGGUGGAUGGUGGCAUGUUGUGCUCAAUCUGGACACGGCCAUUGCUGUCACGCAGAACUUUGCCAGCACCACCAACUUUCCCAUUGUCUGGCACAAAACGGUACGAGGUCGGCCCAAGCUGUCCAGGAAGUGGUACCGGAUUCUGAAGCAGGAGCGACCCGAUCUGGCCACUCUAGCCGACAGAGUCGAUCUGCAGGAGUCGACCGGCAUCGCCUCGGACAGCUCCAGCGAUUCGUCGUCAUCCUCUUCCAGCUCAUCCGACUCCGACUCAGACGAGGAGGUGUGCUCCGAGGGUGAUGCCGUGUCCCACCGCAGGAAGAAGAGACGCAUGUGCAAUAUGGCGGCCAACGGAAACACACAUAGUCAGGACGAUUGUGUCAGCAAGGAGAGGAGCUCGUCACGGUGAAGACCCACCCCGGCCCCCAAAGCGGCUAUGCUGGAGGAAGAGACGACAAAAGGGAAUUUCACACAGCAUGGGACAGUUUUACAUGAAGUGUGUGGGGUGCUAUUCCCAGUCUUACUUCUUGAAAUUCACUUUUUGGCAAUUCAGGCUAUCUGCACCCAAGCACAAAACAUUCAAGUAGUUUGAUUUCAAUGAGAAACGUAGCAGGAUCUCAUGCAAGCCUUCUGAUUCAUCCAUUUUUUUUUAAAAACUGUGAAAUGUUUUUUUUGGUUUGUUUUUUUUAGCUGUUCCUUCACCAACCGCACGGUGCCUUCUCAAACAUCAGAGGAACGUCAUUUCUGUUCAUUUGUGUCAAUA